UAUUUAUAGUUUUACGAGAAUUUUUCUCUUUAUUUUAACUUAUAAGGUUGUUACGCCACGCCCGAAAUAUCUGCGUUAAAGUAACCUGCAAGUUGUCACAGUAUUCUCGAGGACAGUUGGAAGCUGAAGGAGUGGUUUGUUUUUAAGUUUUGCCGUGCCACAGUGUGGAUUUUCCAACAAAAAGAAGAACAGUGUGGAUUCUUGGAGAACUAUGCCAACUGCCACAAUGGAUGAUAUAGAGCUAAGAAAUGUUGAGCUGCAGAUCCCCAUAAUGAGAAGUUCAUCAAGGAGUGAAACAUACAAUCAGGAAGAAAUGAUUGGGACAGAUUUUGGAAGAAUGUUUGUUGCUGUUCAAGGGGAGCAAAACAAACAAGCAAUAAUUACUUACCAUGACUUGGGCCUGAAUAAUAUAUCUAACUUUCAAGCAUUUUUCAACUAUGUCGAUAUGCGUGUACUGUUGCAGAGUUUUUGUGUUUACCACCUUAAUGCUCCAGGACAGGAGGAGGGAGCACCGACACUUCCAGAAGGUUAUGUGUAUCCUACAAUGGACCAGCUUGCUGAAAUGAUCCUAUGUGCUGUUAAGUUUUUCAACUUGAAGCACUUUGUGGGCUUGGGUGUGGGAGCUGGUGCAAACAUUUUGGCAAGAUUUGCUCUCCAAUACCCAGAUCUUGUGGAUGGACUUUUCUUAAUCAAUUGUACUUCUACAGUAGCUGGCUGGACUGAGUGGGGCUACCAGAAGUUAAAUUCUAUGUGUCUCCGGUCUUCGGGAAUGACUUCCUCUCCACUAGAGUAUUUGUUGUGGCAUCACUUUGGAAAUGUAACUGAGGACUGUAAUUACAACUUGAUCGAAGCAUACACUCAGUAUUUUACAAAAGUUGUCAACCCCUACAACCUUUCUUUGUUUAUAGAUUCCUACAUCAGGCGUACUGACUUGCAGAUACAACGGGAAUUAGAUCCUACAAAGAGAAAGUCUGAAAGAAGAUUCAAAAGUGGAGUAUUGCUGAUGUCAGGAGCACUGUCACCUCAUUUGGAUGACACUGUUGAGAUGAAUGGAAGACUUGAUCCUUCUAAUUCUACAUGGAUGAAGAUAUCUGAUUGUGGAAUGGCUAUGGAAGAACAGCCAGGAAAAGUGGCAGAGGUCUUAAAACUAUUUCUACAAGGCCUAGGAUUUGCACCAACCAUAUCAACAAGGGGUGUGAGCUUGACUCGAAAGCGGCCAUUAAAAGAGGAGAAUGUGGGUGUAGGAGACCAAGUGUCAACCUUUCAUCAGGAAGUUCAUAUUGUGGAAAAUCCAAUUGACCAGCACACCCUGGUUUGUUGAAUGUGCUCAACUAGUUUGUAGACCACGUGAUUUGUAGAGUUUCAAUUACCAAAGAGUGUAGGGUAGAAUAAAUAGUUCCAGUUCUCACAACACAUGCUAGAAAGAGUUAUCGUAACCUAUUCCUAUAGAUCGCCUUAAGAAAAGAAUACUAUAGUGCUCUAACACUGACUGCCAUAAUGCUUCCACACGUACGCCUGAUUUAUCAAGACAACGACUGCACUUCCAAGCUCAUGGCCUUUAGUUGGCCAAGGUAUAGAAACAUACACAUUUAUGCGUGUGUGUGUGUUUGCACUACAAAUGUAGUUGUUAGGGUUAAACUAAAGAAUAUCUGCCUUCACAAUAAGCCCAUAAUUGCAAAUGCUUUGGUGUAUUUAUAAAAAAAUAAAAAUAAAAAUAAAAUAAAAAAAUUAUCCAAGUAAAAGUAAUGAUAUAAAGACAGCGGUUUGUUUCUAAAAAUUUGUCAAACUACUGGUGCUUUUCUGUAUAUUUGUUAAAUAAUUGGUGCUUUAAAACAAAACCUACUUUUAACUGUGGUAGAAUUUAUUCUAACUUGUAUGGAGACCUAGAUUUACAAACUGUUGGGAAAAUGGAAUUGGCUCUACUGAGUGAUUUAUGAAAUGUUGAAGCCAAGAUGCUAAACACUACUGUUCCUAUUCUGUAUAGGACAAGAAUUAUAGCCAGCUUUAGGUUUCCUUACUUUUUUUUUUAUCAAUAGUGCAAUCUAAACUUUUAUUUUUAUUUUAUUUAACACUUUUCAAAGUAUGAUGUUAUUCUAAAUGUUCUGUUUCAACUGAUUGAACUUUACACAACCAAAGUUGGUUUUGGAUUUGAUUUUUUUCUACCAUAUUUUCUAUAAUUGAUUAGUGGAUAGUUAAUAAAGAUGUACAAGUUCAGUUAUUUGAAAGUAGGACUGUAUUUUACUAUUGUAACUGUUAGAAACUAGUCUUUACUAGGUCCACUUUAUUUUAGUUCCAUUGCUGUCAGUAUGUCCAGUUUAGCUGCUUUAUGAAAAGUAAUUUGCAGUUAAUUUUAUCAAGUCUUCUAAAAAAAAAAUUGGAUUAUGUUGAAAAGGUGUAAGUAAAUAAUGAUACUAUCUAACAUGAUUCUGAAAAGAGAAUUUUUUUUAUUAUUUAUUUAUAUAGUAUUUUUGCAUUCCACAUUAAAAACUUGUAAUUCUUAAUGUAAAUGGUGAGUCUUGUUAGUUUGUAAUAUUUUUUUGUAUCUCCAAAUGGAAAACUUAAAGGUGUCAGAUUAAAGGAACUUGGUGCUGUAAUGGAAUUGUCAAGACUCAAGAUCAAUACUCUUCAGAGAAAUUGAAAAUUUUCAGGAUAAAUGCUUUGAUAUAAUAACUAUCUAUUAAAAAUAUAUGGUUCUCUCAUUUCACAAUUAGUUUUUUGUUCUUUAUAUUACCAAUCAGUUUUUCAUUGUAAUGUAUACUCUUGAUGCUGUUGUUAAUUUAAAUUUGGAAGAUUGUUUUCUUCCUUGUCUUUAAUUAAUAAACAAAGCCAAAUUUAAGAUAUCUCUGUUCUAAACAUAAAGGUUUUCCAGAACAAUCGUUUAAUUUUAUCAUACUUAUAUCUGUCAUACUAGUGUGUAUUUAUGCAGGUGUUUUUUGUUACUGUUGUGUAUCUCGUGAAGAUUCCAAUUUUAUCUGUUCUUGUAGUAGUAGUGGGUAUGGGGCAAUACAAAAUGUAAAGUUUAAUUCUUAUUUUAGUUAAGUCAUGUGAAAAUGCAAGUAGAUAUGACUCUAUAAUAAGCCAACAAAGAUCAGGCAUUACAUUUUUAUUGUCAGAUAGUAAAGGUUUGUGUUGUUUUAGUAAAUUGUAUAUAAUAGGUAUUCCAUCAGGUGGCCAUUUAGCCAUUUCAAUAACAAAUUUAAAAAAUUUUGCAGAAGACUAAAAAAAAAAAAAA